AUUUUGCACCCUUCAUUGGUUCCACACUUCCACGGUUAUCUGAUCGCGGUGGCCUAUGAGGAUCGGUCAUUCAAGCCCCGUAAAGAGAGGAUGCGGGAAGGAAGAUUCCGACGAAGUGGUGGCGCGUGAUAGUUAACUUUCUCGAAACCGCGAUUAUGGGAUGUGGCCGUAAUUUCAGGCGCAUCCUACACAAUAUAUGCCCACGUGGCAGCCACACAGAGGAUCAUAGGCCCAGUGGAACAAUGCCAGCUUCUGGAGUGCGAUUGUGCAUUCAAGAUCACCAUGUGGUGAUGGAUAAUGGCAUAAUCCAAGUCACUCUCUCAAAGCCAGAUGGGAUUGUCACUGGCAUUCGUUAUAACGGCAUCGACAAUCUGCUUGAAAUUCGAAACAAUGAAUCUAACAGAGGGUACUGGGAUGUUGUGUGGAAUGCGAACGAUGGCGGAAAAGCUGGAAUAUUUGAAGUUAUAAAGGAAGAAGAUGAACAGGUUGAGUUAUCCUUCGCAAGGCCAUGGGAUCCUUCCCUCCAGGGAAAGCUUGUUCCUCUAAACAUUGAUAAAAGGUUUGUUUUGCUACGCGGUUCGUCUGGUUUCUACACAUAUGCCAUUUAUGAGCAUGUUGGAUCUUCAGAGUGGCCUGCUUUCAGUCUUGGUGAGACCAGAGUAGCAUUCAAGCUUCGAAAAGACAAAUUUCACUACAUGGCUGUGGCAGACAAUAGGCAAAGGUUUAUGCCCCUUCCAGAUGACCGGUUGCAUGGCAGAUGCCAGCCCCUUGCUUAUCAAGAAGCAGUCCUACUUGUCAAUCCUAUCAAUCCUGAAUUAAGAGGAGAAGUAGAUGACAAGUACCAGUAUUCAUGUGAAAACAAGGAUAAUAAAGUACAUGGAUGGAUAUCUAUGAACCCACCUGUGGGGUUCUGGCAAAUCACACCCAGUGAUGAAUUCCGAUCUGGUGGUCCUGUCAAACAGAACCUUACAUCACAUGUCGGUCCCACAACCCUAGCGGUAUUCCUAGGCUCUCAUUAUGCUGGAGAUGAGCUAACACCAAAGUUUCAACAAGGCGAGGCAUGGAAGAAAGUUUUUGGACCAAUUUUCAUUUAUCUUAACUCUGCAAUGCGUGCUGAAGAUGCUCUAACUUUAUGGGGCGAUGCCAAACGGCAGAUGCUAGUAGAGGUACAAAGCUGGCCAUACAGCUUUCCAGCAUCUAAGGAUUUCCUUUCAGCAGAUCAACGGGGAAAUGUCAGUGGCAGACUAUUGGUCAAUGACAAGUAUGUCUGUAAUGAUCUUAUUCCUGCAAGUGGUGCAUAUGUGGGAUUGGCCCCACAAGGAGAUGCGGGAUCGUGGCAAAAAGAAUGCAAGAGUUACCAAUUCUGGAGUAGAGCGAGUGAGGAUGGAUGUUUCACCAUCAACAAUGUACUUCCCGGUGACUACAAUCUUUAUGCAUGGGUACCUGGAUUCAUAGGAGACUAUCAGAAUGAAGCCUCCAUAACAAUAGCUUCAGGCUGUAGAAUUGAUGUCGGUGAAAUCGUUUACGAGCCUCCAAGGGAUGGCCCUACACUUUGGGAGAUAGGCAUCCCUGAUCGUAGUGCUGCAGAGUUCUACAUUCCCGAUCCCAACCCAAAGUAUCUUAACAAGAUUUUCAUCAACCACCCCGAAAGGUUCAGGCAAUAUGGACUUUGGGAAAGAUACUCAGAGUUAUAUCCACACGGUGACCUUGUCUAUACUAUUGGCAAGAGCGACUAUUCCAAAGACUGGUUUUUUGCUCAAGUUACUAGGAAGAAAGAAGACGGGACAUAUGUAGGAACCACAUGGCAAAUCAAGUUCAAACUUGAUAAUGUCCAUAAAAAUGGCACCUACAAGUUGCGAGUGGCAAUUGCAUCUUCGACACUUGCCGAGUUACAGGUCCGGGUUAAUAAUCCAAGUACAGAUCGACCGCUGUUCACGAGCAGAUUGUUUGGGAGGGAUAACUCCAUAGCCAGGCUUGGAAUCCAUGGUCUGUAUUGGCUAUUCAAUGUGGAUGUCCAUGGAAGUAGUCUGGUGUCUAAAGGAGAGAAUACCAUUUACUUGACUCAACCCAGGAAUCAAAGCCCCUUCCAGGGGAUCAUGUAUGACUAUAUUCGUCUAGAAGCUCCCAAGAUCUAGUCAUUUUUGUGUUGCAGCAUUACUUGGGUAAGUAGAUUAUAAACCCUUUUUUUCCCUUUUGUGUUUCAUUCACUAUGUAGUGUUUUAACCAUCAUGUUAUAACUUUCCUUUUGUGUUCUUACCAAAAUUAUGUCUCUUUCCAUUUUAAAGAGAGAUAUGCGGUUUGUAUUAUUGCUGGAUUUGCUGCUGGCUCUUGUGUAUAAAUUUCAACACCACACAAUUUUUACUUUGUUGAUUCUCGGGACCAAUGUUACCGGUCAAAGUGUUUUUUUAAGCAAUGUAUGUUUCUCAAAUAAACGAGGUACCAAACU